GUCACUUUGAGCGCGUAGUUUGUUGGCGGAAAAGCUUUUUCCUGAAAGUCUCAUCAAAUCCUCUUCUUUGUGCGCACAUUGAUGUGUAUAAACAUAUACCAGUUUACAACCGAUGAAAAAUUAUUUCACAAUACUCCGGCGUGCUUAUGGACGUUAAAUUAGAGAUGGAGUUGUCUCCUGUAAACACUGAAGACAUCAGCACAAAUGGAUAUAUUAAAUCUGACAGAGGUUACAGGAGGAGCAAAAUCUCAAGGGAUGUAGAGCUAGACAUCGAGUCUGUCUACAAAGCUGUUCCUCAGCUGGUUAAGGUUUUCCACAUCAUGGACAAAAUCGGAGAAGGAACAUUCAGCUCAGUGUAUUUGGGGGAGGCUCAGACGCGGGACGGGAGGAGAGAGAUGUUCGCUCUGAAGCACCUCAUCCCAACCAGUCAUCCAACACGCAUCGCUGCUGAGCUCCAGUGUCUCACUGUUGCUGGUGGCAGAGAGAACGUAAUAGGUGUGACGUACUGCUUCAGGAAGGAGGAUCAUGUGGUGAUUGUCAUGCCCUACAUGGAGCAUCAACCUAUUGUGGAAAUCAUUGGCUCAGUGAGCUUUGAAGAGGUCCGUCUGUACAUCUAUCACCUGCUGAAGGCUCUGAGACACAUCCACCAGUUUGGUAUCAUUCACCGAGACAUCAAACCAAACAAUUUUCUCUACAACAGGAGCAGCAGAAUGUAUGCGCUGGUGGACUUUGGCCUGGCUCAAGGCACAGCAGACACCCAGAUUGAUCUGCUGAAGGUGGUGAGGCAGAGGUCUUCACAAAAAGGUGGAGGGUCCACAGGGAAACAAGAAACCACACAGCGAAGCAAAGCACCAACUAGACUCCCUCCAAAAACCACCACAGCCUCAACCUCCCUACCUCCACCCACAAAGCAGUCCACCACUUUGCCUCCCUCCCCCUCGUCUUCUUCCACCACCACCACUUCUUCCUCAGCCUCUCGGAGGGCACUGGUUAAAAAAGCACGUUCUGUCACCACCACUGUCGCUACCUCCACCUCAUGCACAAAGCAUACAAAGAAUUUGACAGCUCUACGCAAAGUGCAACGGCCUGUUUUUGGAGAGAGGAACCUGAACAGCUGCACUCCAGCUCCAUCCACCACUAAAUAUGCUGCUCUUAAGACCGAGCUGUUGAAGUCUGUAAAAACCGAGGACCCGGCCAACCGAAGGCUCUCUGCAGCCAGCCGGGGCCCGCUGCCCGUCAAGACCCAGAGCAGCAGUCAGAAACCUGCGAGGACUGUACAGCUAGGCCUCACAUGUAACUGUCACCUGACGGACCGGGUCUGCAACAUCUGCAUGUCCAGGAAGCAGCAGGUGGCCCCACGGGCCGGGACCCCGGGCUUCAGAGCACCAGAAGUCCUCACAAAGUGUCCAAACCAAGGAACAGCGAUUGACGUGUGGUCAGCUGGUGUAAUCCUGCUCUCACUGCUCAGUGGACGUUACCCGUUCUUCAAAGCCAGCGACGACCUGAUCGCCCUCACUCAGAUUAUGACCAUACGAGGCUCCAAGGAGACCAUCCAGGCUGCCAAAGCAUUUGGCAAGGCAGUGGUUUGCAGUCAGGAGCUUCCUCGACAGGACCUCAGGACACUGUGUGAGACACUGAGAGGACGAAAGCCAAUGCCUGAUGAUGUCACACCACUUCCUGAAACAAACACAGAUGCCACUGCAAGCCGUCGUCACAAGAUCCAAGAUGAAACACCAACACAUCGUCCCACUGAGGGAACAUUAAAGCAACACAAAGAUGGAGCGGGAGAAACUCUUCCUUACACCCAGGAGAAGUCAGGGACUCUAGAAACUGCACACCCUCAUAAACAGAGCUUACAGGCAGACUGUAAGGUCGAGAAGGAUGAGCGGGGUUGGGACCGAGUCCCAGAUAUGGCCUACAACCUGCUGGACCAGCUGCUGGACCUGAACCCUCUAACCAGGAUCACAGCUACUCAGGCCCUGCAGCAUCCGCUGUUCAAAGACCUGUGAAACCACAGACUGGCUCUGGACCAGGAGUCUCACAUCGAUAGAACAGACCUGUGAGCUACUAAAGCUUUGAUUUAGGUUGAAAAAAAGCUGGCCGGGUCAAAGACAAAUGAGUUUUAUACUUAGACUAAAAAGUUUGUAAAAAUACCUCUGCUGUCUUUUACAACAUCUUUAGGAAGAGUGGAGAGAGGUUACACUUCUGUGAGGAGACAUCUCUCAAAUAACAAAAUAAAGAUUUGACAUGUUGAUGAGCCCUCCCUGCUAAACGCUACACAAUAAUAAUAUCAGUUUCCAUCAAAGAUAGGUUGGACUUGUGUGUUCAGUCUGAGUGUAUGAUUAAAAUCUGUUUUUCAAGGUAGCUGUUAAACAUUUAUUUUAGAUCAGGCAUGUGAUGGGACUGUAAAUGUGCAUUGUUACUGGUAUUACCAAGACAGGAGACAAUUGGCUGUUGUAUAAGUGGUAAGAAGGAUCCUUCAACCACCAAUGUACCUGAUGUAGAUACCACAGGUCAAGUUUUUUCCCCAAAGGAACAAACAACCUCGUAUUUAACUUUCACUUUUCAAGAGUUAUUACCCUGAGUGUUUUUACAUUUGUCACAAAACAUUGUGACUGCCCAAUUCAGACGAUGUACAUAAAGUAAGAAAGAGCUUUUAUUUUGAAGGUCUGAAAAAUUGUAUCUAUAAUAUUUUAUGAAGGUGACAAUGAAUGCUGCUGUAUAAAAUGUGUAUUUUAGUUGUGUUAAAUUAUAAAGCUGAGGAAUAUACAGCCUAUGAUACUGUGGAUUUUCUAAUAAAGGGAGAAUAAAGCAAA